AUGGAGCCUGAAGACCUGCCUUGGCCUGGAGAGCUCGAGGAGGAGGAGGAGGAGGAGGAGGCGGGAGAGGAGGAGGAGGUACAGGAGGAGGAGGUACAGGAGGAGAAGGAAGAGGUGGAGAAGCCGGAGAACUUGGAUGAGGAUGAAGUGGUAACGGUGGAGGACGAGGAGGUAGAGGAAAGGCGGGAACUGGACGCGGACUUUAACUAUGAGAGCCAGCCUCUGGAAAGUACCGACGACGACGAGGAGGAUGAGGAGGCCAAAGCCUGGCUGCAGGCGCACCCCGGCGGGACCUUGCCUCCAACGUCGCUGCCCAAGCACCGCUACUCCGAGAUCGAGCCAGCCGGCCCGGAUAAGGUUGUUCCAUUGACCAGUCAUGUAUGGCAGCAGUCAUAUCAAGACAAGAACAGAACACCUAUUUCUGAUUCUAAUGUGGUCUCUUUGGAAGAAACAGCUCAGUGGGACUCUGAGGAUGAUCAGAAAACAGAAUCUUGGCAUUUUCUUCCUCAAGAAAUCGACUCUUCCCACACCUCGGAUACAACCCACACCAGGUUUAAAGUGAGAGAGGAAGGGACAGAAAUGACAGACUUUCCCUCUGUGGAGGAAGGUAUAUUGACCCAAUCAGAAAAUCAAGUAAAGGAACCCAACAGAGAUCUCUUUUGUUCUUCAUUGCUAGUCAUACAGGACAGCUUUGCUUCUCCUGAUUUGCCUUUGCUGACAUGUUUGACACAAGACCAAGAGUUUGGACUUGAUUCCUUAUUUCACCAAAGUGAACUAGAUUUUGCGCCUCUGAGGGCGAUUCCUGAGAAGGCAGGAUCUUCAAACAUUAUUUACCCACUGAAAGUAUCAACUUCAGAUUCUUUGUUUUUGCAAGAUUUAAAGCAGCAAACCUUUGAAGAAGUUGCAGAUUCUUCAGACUAUAUUUUGGGUAAGAAUGUAAAUUCUAGUCAUGUCAUUGAACGUCCAUCUGCAGCUAUAGGAAGCAGCUUUUCAGCAAACUUGGUGGCAUAUGAUGCAAAGUCACAAGGUGCUUUACCAAUGACCAGUGAUGCAUCAUUAAUUGCAGUUGGCCAAGAGACAUUGCUGAAAGCUGAUACAGGCCUAGGUGAAAUUCCUCGGCCUAUGGGAGCCAAGUCCAGUUUUACAGUACAUACAAUUAUACAAAAUGACUCCUAUUUUGUAGAAGGCCUGCAAGGGAAGUCUGAGUCUGAGUCUGACAUCGGUACUCUGGGUGAUGAUACUGAAUGCUAUAGCCUAGAUGAAAAUGCUGUUGUAUGCAGUAAAAGAUCUACUGAGCUACAAAGAGAGAUGUGUGACCAAGGUGACUUGAGUGGUGAGUGCAUUGAGGUAGCACAUUUAGAAAAUAUGCUUGAUGAUCUAGAGAUUUGUGACAGCUCCUUGCCCUGGCAAUCUGUUUUACAACCACCCAAGGAAGAGAGCAGUUUUGAAAAGCCUGUAGGCCAUUCUGAUAUGGAUAUUGAUCGGUCUUUUGCAUCUGUAUUGCCUUCAUUUGUUCCUCAGGAGCCAAUCGGAGAGUUGGAGUAUCAGUCUUCAGAUCUCAGAAUGUUGAGGGUGUCUCCUGAGAUUGUACCAAAGACUCUCAAACAUUUAUCAGGAGAUAUUUCUGAAGGAAGCAUAACUGAAAUUACUCUAUCCAACUUGAAGGCAGGCAUCACUACCACUUCUGGAGAUUCAGAUAUUGGAUCUUAUUUACCCUUGACCCCUGAGGACUUUCCUCAGUUUGUUGUAAGAUCUUCUGUGGAGAAUACUCUUCAUCUACAUACUGACAAUCUUAACAAACAGAUAUUGGCAGAUGGCCAUGUAACAGAAGAGGCACUAAAAGUUUUAGCUGUUCCUGAAUUAUCUGACCAGAAGGCUGGGAUAUCAACACUACCCUCUAGUUCCUAUUCAUUAAGAGAGAAGCCCAGUAUUUUCUACCCACAGCCCUUGAGAGACAAUCAAACUGAAGGAACUCUAACAGUUUCAGGUGUUCCUGGACCUACUGACCAGAAGACCAGCCCAUCUACAAUACCUCCAAGUUCCUACUUAGUUGGAGAGAAGCACAGUAUCUUCUCCCAACAGGCAUUGCCAGAUAGUGAUCAAACUGAAGAGGCUCCAAAAGUCUCAGCUGUUCUUGGUCCUGCUGACCAGAAGAGUGAGAAAACAGCACUGCCUUCUAGCUCCUUUUCACACAGAGAGAAACACAUUGUUUUCUCUCAGCAACAACUCCCAGACAGUCAUCUAACUGAACAGGCUCAGAAAGUUUCAGCCACUGCUGGACCAGCUGAUCAAGUGACUAUGAUACCAACAGUAUCAUCUACUUUAUACUCACAUACAGAGAAGCCCCAUAUUUUCUUUCGAGAGACAUUGCCAGAGAGUCAUCUACCUGAACAGUCUCAACAAGAUGUAGCUGUUUCUAUAUUUGCUGACCAGAAGACUGGGAUACCAACAGGAACCCCUACUUCUUUCUCACAUGGAGAGAUACCCCUUAUUUUCCAGCAACAGACAUUGCCAGGAAGUCAUCUACCUGAACAGGCUCAGAAAGUUUCAGCUGCUCCUGGAUCCACUGAGCAGAAAACAGGAAUACCAACAGUAUCCUCUACUUCUUUCUCACAUGGACAGAAGGCCACUAUUUUCUACCAGCAAGAGCUGAGAGACAGUCAUCUACCUGAACAGUCUCAGCAAGCUGCAGCUGUUUCCAGAUUUGCUAACCAGAAGGCUGAGAUACCAACAGGAACCUCUACUACUUUCUCACAUGGAGAGACACCCCUUAUUUUCCAGCAACAGACAUUGCCAGGAAGUCAUCUACCUGAACAGGCUCAGAAAAUUUCAGCUGCUCCUGGAUCCACUGAGCAGAAAACAGGAGUACCAACAGUGUCCUCUACUUAUUCAUAUAGAGAGAACCCCAAUCUUUUCUACCAACAAAAGUUGCUGGAGAGUCAUGUACGUGAACAGUCUCAGCAAGCUGCAACUGUUUCUGGGUUUGCUGACCAGAAGACUGGGAUACCAACAGGAACCUCUACUUCUUACUCACAUGGAGAGACACCCCUUACUUUCCAGCAACAGACAUUGCCAGGAAGUCAUCUACCUGAACAGGCUCAGAAAGUUUCAGCUGCUCCUGGAUCCACUGAGCAGAAAACAGGAAUACCAACAGUGUCCUCUACUUAUUCACAUAGAGAGAACCCCAGUCUUUUCUACCAGCAAAAGUUGCCCAAGAGUCAUCUACCUGAACAGUCUCAACAAGAUGCAGCUGUUUCUGUAUUCACUGACCAGAAGACUGGGAUACCAACAGGAACCUCUACUUCUUUCUCACAUGGAGAGACACCCCUUAUUUUCCAGCAACAGACAUUGCCAGGAAGUCAUCUACCUGAACAGGCUCAGAAAGUUUCAGCUGCUCCUGGAUCCACUGAGCAGAAAACAGGAAUACCAACAGUGUCCUCUACUUAUUCACAUAGAGAGAACCCCAGUCUUUUCUACCAAGAAAAGUUGCCCAAAAGUCAUGUACGUGAACAGUCUCAGCAAGCUGCAAUUAUUUCUGGGUUUGCUGACCAGAAGACUGGGAUACCAACAGGAACUUCUACUUCUUACUCACAUGGAGAGAAGGCCACUAUUUUCUACCAGCAAGAGCUGAGAGACAGUCAUCCACCUGAACAGUCUCAGCAAGCUGCAGCUGUUUCUGUAUUCACUGACCAGAAGACUGAGAUACCAACAGGAACCUCUACUUCUUUCUCACAUGGAGAGACACCCCUUAUUUUCCAGCAACAGACAUUGCCAGGAAGUCAUCUACCUGAACAGGCUCAGAAAGUUUCAGCUGCUCCUGGAUCCACUGAACAGAAAACAGGAGUACCAACAGUGUCCUCUACUUAUUCACAUAGAGAGAACCCCAGUCUUUUCUACCAGCAAAAGUUGCCCAAGAGUCAUCUACCUGAACAGUCUCAGCAAGCUGCAGCUGUUUCCAGAUUUUCUGACCAGAAGACUGGGAUACCAACAGGAACCUCUACUUCUUACUCACAUGGAGAGACACCCCUUACUUUCCAGCAACAGACAUUGCCAGGAAGUCAUCUACCUGAACAGGCUCAGAAAGUUUCAGCUGCUCCUGGAUCCACUGAGCAGAAAACAGGAAUACCAACAGUAUCCUCUACUUAUUCACAUAGAGAGAACCCCAGUCUUUUCUACCAGCAAAAGUUGCCCGAGAGUCAUCUACCUGAACAGUCUCAACAAGAUGCAGCUGUUUCUGUAUUCACUGACCAGAAGACUGGGAUACCAGCAGGAACUUCUACUUCUUACUCACAUGGAGAGAAGGCCACUAUUUUCUACCAGCAAGAGCUGAGAGACAGUCGUCUACCUGAACAGUCUCAGCACGCUGCAGCUGUUUCGGUAUUCAGUGACCAAAAGACUGAGAUACCAACAGGAACUUCUACUUCUUUCUCACAUGGAGAGAUACCCCAUAUUUUCUAUCAACAGAUAUUGCCGGGAAAUCAUCUCACUGAACAAGCUCUGAAAGUUUCAGCUCCUUCUGGACUUAAUGACCAAAGGAGUGGAAUAUCAACAGUAUCCUCUACUUCUUACUCACAUACAGAGAAGCCCCAUAUUAUCUACCAACAGGAGUUGCCAAUUAGUCAUUUAACUAAGGAGGCUCAGAAAGUUCCAGCUGUCCCUGGACCAGCUCAACAGAAGACUGGGAUAGCAGUAAUACCCCAUACUUCCUACUUACAUAGAGGGAAGACCGUUUUUUUCUCCCAGCAAGAGUUUCCAGAUAGUCAUCUAAGCAAAGAGGCUCUAAAAGUCUCAUCUGUUCGGGGACCAGCUGAGCAGAACACUGGAAUACCAUCAGGAGCCUCUGGGUCCUACUCAUUUGAAGAGAAACCCAGUGUUUUUUAUAAGCAGACAUUACCAGAUAGUCAUCUGACUGAAGAGUCUCUGAAAGUUUCAUCUCUUCUUGGUGACCAGAAGACUAGUAUACUAACAGUACCCUCUAGUUCCAACUCACAUAGAGAGAAGCCCGGUAUUUCCUACCAACAGGAGUUGCCAGACAGUCAUUUAACUGAACAGGCUCAGAAAGUUUCAGCUGUUCCUGGACCAGCUGAACAGAAGACUGGGACACCAACAAUAACCUCUGCUUCUUACUUUCAUAGAGAGAAGCCCUUUAUUUUCAACACACAGGGCUUGCCAGACAGUCAUCUACCUGAAGAGGCUCUGAAAGUUACAGCUGUUCCUGAACUAGCUGACCAGAAGGCUGGGUUGCCAUCAGAACCUUCUGGUUCCUACUCACAUAGAGAGAAGCCCAUUAUUUUUUAUCCACAGGGUUUACCAGACAGUCAUCUCACUGAAGAGGCUCUGAAAGUUCCCACCAUUUCUGGACCAGCUGACCAGAAGACUGGGAUACCAACAGUACCCUCUACUUCGUAUCCACGUGGAGAGAAGCAUGUUUUUAUCUCGCCACAGGCCUUGCCAGACAGUCAUCUACGUGAAGAGGCUCUAAAAGUUUCAGCUGUUUCUAGACCAGCUGACCAGAAGAUUGGGUUGCCAUCAGAACCUUCUGGUUCCUACUCACAUGGAGAAAAGCCCAUUAUUUCCUACCCACAGGGUUUGACAGAGAGUCAUUUACCUGAAGAGGCUCUGAAAGUUAUAGCUGUUCCUGAACCAGGUCACCAGAAGAUUGGGAUACCAUCAGAACCUUCUGGUUCCUACUCACAUAGGGAAAAGCCCAUUAUUUUCUACCCACAGGGCUUGACAGAGAGUCAUUUACCUGAAGAAGCUCUGGAAGUUUCUGGUGUCCCUGGAACAGGUGAUCAGAAGACUGGGAUACCAACAGUACCUACAAGUGCCUACUCAGUUGGAGGGAAGUCCAUUAAUUUUUACCAACAGGCCUUACCAGAUAGACGUAUCACAGAAGAGGCUCUGAAUGUUUCAGCUUCUCCUGAACCAGCUGAACAGAAGACUGGGUUACCUACAGUAUCUUCUCCUUCCUACUCUCAAAGAGAGAAGUCCUUUAUUUUCUACCCACAGGCCUUGCCAGAUAGUCAGCUAACUGAAGAGGCUUUGAAAAUUUCUGCUGUUCCUCUACCAGGUGACCAGAAUACCAGAAAACGAACAGCAAUUUCUAAUUCUUACUCACAUAGAGAUGGGCCUAUUAUUUCUUACCAACAGGAGUUGCCAGGUAGUCAUCUAACUGAAGAGGCUCUGAAAGGUUCAGGUGUUCCUGGAACAGCUGACCAGAAGACUGGGAUACCUGCAGUACCAUCUAAUUCCUAUUCAUAUAGAGAGAAGCCCAUCAUUUCUUAUAAGCAAGAUCUUACUCAAGAGGUUUUAAAAGUUUUAGGGGGUUCCAGACCAGCUGGCCAGAAAACUGGGAUACCAGUAGUAACCUCUACUUCUUACUCUCAUGAAGAGAAGCCCAUCAUUUCUUAUCAGCAAGAGUUGCCAGAUCAUAAUGAAGAUGCUUUAAAAAUUUUAGUAGUUCCUGGACCAGCUGACCAGAAGACUGAUAUACGAAUUGUUCCCUCUUCUUCCUAUUCACAUAGAGAGGUCCCCAUCUCUUCUUACCAGAAGGAGUUUCCAGAUAUUACUGAAGAAACUUUGGAAGUUUCAACUGUUGCUGGACCAACUGAACAGAAGACUGGAAUACGAAUAAUCCCCUCAGGUUCCUACUCAUACAGAGAAAAGGGUGGUACUUUUUACCAACAUGAGUUGCCAGAUACUACUGAAGAAGCUUUAAAAGUUUUUGUUCUUCCUGUGCCAGCUGGCCAAAAGAGUGAGAUAUCAGCAGGACCUUCUAGUUCUCACUCCCUUGAAGAGAAACCCAAGAUUUCAACUGUAGUUUUACCAGAUGACCAGAAGACUGAGUUAUCAACAGCUUCCUCUACUUCCUACUCACAUAGAGAAAAGCCCAAGAAUUUAACUGUGAUUGGAUCAGACAACCAGAAGACUCCGUUACUGACAGUUUUUCGUAAUUCUUAUUCUCAGAGAGUGAAGCCUAGUAUUUUCUUUAAACAGCAUUUGCCAGGUGGGCAUCAUAGUGAAGAUAUCGUGAAGGCUUCAUCUGUCCCUGAACCAACUGACGUGAAUUCUGAGAUACCUAUUUCUAGUUCCUAUUCAAACAGAGAGAAAUCUAAUAUUUUAUCUGCACAGGAAUUGCCAGAGAAACAUCUAACUGAAGAUGUACUGAAGGUAUCCACAGUUCUAGAACCAGAUAACCAGAAAACUGUGUUACCAACAGCUCCUCCUCAUUUUUUUCCACACAGAGAAAAACCAAAUAUAUUCUAUCAACAGGAUUUGCCAGAUAGACAUCUAACUGAAGAUUCUCCAAAGUUCUCAAGUGGUCUUGGGCAAGCUGAUGAGAAUACUGGGUUAUCAACAGGUCACUCUGGUACUUAUUCACAUAGUGAGAAGCACAAACUUGUUUCAGACCAUGUCCAAAGGCUAAUAGAUAAUUUGGAUUCUUCUAACUCUAGUAUUAUCUCAAACAAUAUGCCUUUAAAUUCUCAAGGUGAUUAUAGAGUUGUAGUAAAUAAGACAGAACCUUCAGGUUUUGAAGAUGUUGGCUCUGAGGAAAUCCAAUAUACAGAUAAUAGUUCUAAAACUCUUAAACAGAUUCAGACACUUUUAAUGGAGGCAGAAAAUAUAGCACUGAAACGAUGUAAUUUUCCUGCUCCCCUUGUACCUUUCAGAGAUGUUAGUGAUAUUUCAUUUAUUCAAUCUAAGAAGGUUGUUUGCUUCAAAGAACCCUGUACACCUGAUGAAUCCAAUGGUGAUUUGCCUCAGAGAAAGCCAUUCACAGAGGAGAACCCAAGCAGCAAGUACAUACAGAAGGAUAUUAACACAGAGGCGAAUCUGAAAUGCCAGAGAGGCAUUGAAAAUUGGGAGUUUAUUAGUUCAACUACAGUUAGAAGUCCUAUACAGGAAGCAGAAAGCAAAGCCAGAGUGGCAUUAGAUGAAACCCUUAGGCAAUAUAAAGCAGCCAGAUCUGUAAUGAGAUCUGAACCUGAAGGGUGUAGUGGAACCUUUGGAAAUAAAAUUCUUUUCCCUAUGAUGACUAUCAUAAAAAGUGAUUCAAGUAGUGAUGCAAGUUCCUGCUCAUGGGACAGUAAUUCCUUAGAGUCAGUUUCUGACGUUCUACUAAACUUAUUUCCAUAUGCUUCACAGAAGACAAGCAUGACAGAUAGCAGAGAGGAAGAGUGUGUGUCCGAGAGUGAUGAUGGGGGUGGUAGUAGUGUAGAUUCACUGGCUGCACAUGUGAAAAACCUUCUGAAAUGUGAAUCCUCAUUGAACCAUGCUAAACAAAUACUCAGAAAUGCAGAGGAAGAGGAAUGCCGGGUACGCGCACGAGCCUGGAAUCUGAAGUUUAAUAUGGCUCAUGAGUGUGGCUACUCCAUUUCCGAAUUAAAUGAAGAUGACAGGAGAAAAGUAGAAGAGAUCAAAGCAAAAUUGUUUGGCCAAGAUGACUUAUCCAAGGGGUUGCAGAGUCCACGGGGAAUAGGAUGCAAGCCAGAAGCUCUGUGUAGUCAUGUUAUUAUUGAGAGCCAUGAAAAAGGAUGUUUCAGGACUCUCUCUUCCAAACAACCACAGCUGGACAGCCAUCCCUGUGUCUUCAGAUCAGCUGAACCCUUAGAAAUUAUCAGAAGACAACGGAGCCCAUUAUCAUGGAGACCCAGACACAUCAACCUUUCCAAAUCACUAGACCAGAGCAACCCCCACUUCAAAGUUUGGAAUUCCUUGCCGUUACAAAAUCAUUCCCCAUUUCAAAACUUUACAGGUGACGACUUCAGAAUUACCAAGGAUUUUCGAAUGCCAUUUCGUGAAAAGAUGGACCCUUGGCUGUCAGAAUUAGUAGAACCUAAUUGUUUGCCACCUGAAGAAAUGGAUUGUCAUUCUUCAUCACAAAUGCUGCCCCCAGAAUCCAUGAAAAAGUUUACCUCCAUCACUUUUUCAUCUCACCGACAUUCUAAAUGCUUUUCAGAUUCCUCUGUUCUUAAGGUUGGUGUUACUGAAGAUAGCCAGUGUUCUGGAACAUCUGUAGGGGUAUUUAAUUCUCAUUCCACUGAAGAGCAGAGUCCUCCUAGAGAUCUAAAACAGAAAACUUCUUCCUCAUCAUUAUUUAAAAUCAUUAGUCAUUCACCAGAUAAAGCUGUGACUAUUUUAGCAGAGAGUAGUAGCCAAGGCCAAAAAUUAUCUGCUGAGCAUUCCCACCAAGAAGAGAAACUUUUAGAAAAACCAGAUUUUAAAGGCAAUCAUUCUGAGCCCAGUACCAAUACAAAUUGUAGCAAAUUCAAAGAAGUCCAUUUCUCUGAUAACCAUACUCUCAUUAGCAUGGGCAGACCAAGUUCCACACUAGGAGUAGAAGAGAAGAAUGUAACUUUAACUCCAAAUCCUCCACAUAUAUUUCUUGAACAACAAGAGCUCUUUGAACAAAGCAAAGCCCCACAUUCAGAUCACUAUGUUAGAAAACACCAUUCUCCUCCUUCUCAACAUCAGCAUUAUGUGAUUCCAAACCUUCCUUGUCACAUUUUUCUUGAAAACCGAGAACCCUUGGAACAAAGCAAAACCCCACAUGUAGACCAUCAGAUGAGAGAACACCACUCUCCCCUUCCUCAAGGUGAGGAUUAUAUAGCUUCAGACCUUCCUUCUUCCAUUUUUCUUGAACAACGUCAGCUCUUUGAACAAAGCAAGGCCCCAGAUAUAGAUCACCACAUUAAAAAACAAUAUUCCCCUCUUCCUCAAGAUCAGGAUUGUGUAGUAGAAAACAGUGGUCAACAUAAGCCUAAAUCACACAUUUCUAACAUAAAUGUUGAAACUAAGGUCAAUAAUGUGGCCUCCCAAUCAGCCCCAAAUCAACGUACAUUAGUAAUAUCUCCUGCAUCUACUCCACCUUCAAACAGAAAAGCACUUUCUUGUGUGCAUAUAACUAUUUCCCCCAAGACUUCUUCCAGCUUGGAUAACAGAGCCUUAGAUAAAAGAUUUCUUUCAUUGGAUCCUGCUUCUAAAACAAGGAUGAAUAGUGAGUUUAAUCCUGACCUACAAACUAUAUCUUCAAGAAUAUUGGGACCAACCUCCAAAUUACUGAUCAGUAAACCUGUACCACAUGAUCAAGAAUCUUUAGGUUUUCUAGGACCUAAAUCUUCACCGGACUUUCAAGUCAAACAGUCUCUUCAAGAUGGUAAUACUGGCACUAAAGACUUGAAAACCAGACCUUUUCAAAAUAGCCAGAUAGUAACAUCAAGGCAAACACAAGUGAACUUUUCAGAUUUGGAAGAAUAUUCCAAUCCAGAAGGGACUUCAAUAUCUGCAGAUCGAUCACUGGAGAUUAAACCCGCAUUUUCUGCCUUCUCUGGAAAAUUAUCAUCUGAUGCAGUCACUCAGAUUACAACAGAAAGUCCAGGAAAGGCUAUGUUUUCAUCUGAGAUUUUUAUUAAUAGUGAAGAUCGCGGACAUGAAAUUUCAAAGCCCAGUUCCCAGAAGGUGGGCAAAGUUCCUGUCAGGUUUGCUUCAUCAUCUUCAGUCCCACAGGUUACUAUUCCUGAUGGCACAAAUGGAGCCCAGCCUUCACUGUUGCCAUAUAAACCUUCUGGCAGUGUGAAGAUGUACUAUGUUCCACACUUAGGUCAAAUUCCUUCAUCUCUGGAUUCCAAGUCAGACACCACCAUUGAGAGCUCACACUCAGGAUCCAAUGAUGCCAUUGCUCCACACUUCCCAGCUCAGGUGCUAGGCACCAGAGAUGAUGACCUAGCACUUCCUGUUAAUAUAAAACAUAAAGAGGGGAUCUACAGUAAGAGGGCAGCAGCCAAGACAUCCUCAUUGGUGGGGCAAAAACCUUUUCAGAAAGAUAGUGCAGAUGCCCAAGUUCAAGUUCUUAUCAGUGAAGAUGAGAACCUCUCAGACAAAAACAAGAAAAAGGGGAUCUACAAUAAAAAGGCAAUGACUAAGCCUGCCCAAUCUGAAGAAACAGACUUCUUGCAGAAAGACACUGCAGAUUCUAGUGAUGCUGUUGCUGCAAAGCUCUCAGCUCAACUACAAGACACAAAGAUUGAAAGGCUGCCAGACACUAAAGCCAUUAAACAGAAAGAGGAGAUCCAUAGUAAGAGGACAUUUCCUAAGGAAGCCUGGACAGAAGAUAAAGAAUCCUUGCAGAUAAAUAUUGAAGAGUCCAGAUGUCAUUCAGAAUUUGAAAAUACUACCCAUUCUGUGUUCAGGUCAGCCAAGUUUUACUUUCAUCAUCCAGUGCACCUGCCAAGUGAUCAAGACUUUUGUCAUGAAUCUUUAGGGAAAAGUGUUUUCAUGAGGCAAUCUUGGAAAGAUUUCUUUCACCAUCAUCCAAACAAACAACAUAGUUGUCUGCCUCCCCCUUCUCAAAAUGAGGAAAAGACAAAGACCGAUUAUACCAGAAUAGAGAGUGUCAGUAUCGAUGUAAAUUUGGAAAACAAAGAAGUGAUGCAUCCUACUAAAAGUCAGGCUAGAGAUUCUGCAAAGUGUGACAAACAAAUUAAUGAUCAAAAAAAGGAUCUUCAAGUCACCCCAGAGCCCACAGCUCAGCACAUUACAAGUUUGAAUGAACUCUGGAACAAGUAUCAGGAGCGACAGAAGCAGCGGAAACCUCCAGGGUUCAGUGAUAGGAAAGAAGUAUCCUUAGUGGAGCGACUUGAUCGUUUGGCUAAACUUCUUCAGCAUCCCAUCACGCAUUCUCUUUGGCCCUUAGACAGCACACAGGAUGAUAGCAGAGAGCAACAAGAUGCUAAAGAAUGCAGGGGUAGACAGCAACAACAGAAAAACAAGCUUCAGAAAAAGAAGCGGUAUAAAAGCUUGGAGAAAUGCUAUAAAAACAUAGGAGAUAUUAAAAAAAGCAAGGUGCUCUCUACUCAUGAAUCUGGAGGUUCCAAUCAGAUUAAAAUUGAACAGGUUAAAUUUGAUAAAUAUAUUCUGAGAAAACAGCCAGAUUUUCAUUAUAUGAACAGCACUUCUUCAGAUUCUAGACCGUCAGAGGACAGUGAGCUGCUCACAGAUACUGCCACCAACAUCCUUUCCACCACCACCUCUCCCGUGGAAUCAGAUAUAUUGACCCAAACAGAUAAAGAAAUGAUUUUGCAUGAGAGGAGCAGCUCUACUUCCACCAUUGACACUGCCCGAUUGAUCCAGGCUUUUGGCCAUGAGAGAGUUUGUUUGUCACCCAGGCGAAUUAAAUUAUAUAGCAGCAUUACUGACCAUCAGAGGAGAUACAUUGAGAAACGGAGCAAGAACAAGAAGAAAACAUUGAGUACAAGUUAUCCCCAAAUGACUUCUGAACACACCAGAAGGAAACGCAUCCAGGUGACAAACCAUAUGAUUUCUUCUGACUCUAUUUCAUCUUCUACUGGUAGUUUCUGGAGCUCAAACUCUACCCUUUGCAACAAGCAAAAUGUACAUAUGUUAAAUAAGGGAGUGCAAGCAGGUAACUUGGAGAUUGUGAAUGGUGUCAGAAAACACACUCGAGAUGUUGGGGUGAUUUUCCCAACGCCAAGUUCUAGCGAGGUUAGAGUGGAAGAGGACAGUGAUGUGACUACUUGGUCAGAAGGAAAAAUAGAAGAAAAAAGGCUCAUUACCAGUUAUCUUGGGGACAAAAAGUUAAGGAAGAACAAGCAGAGUUGCUCUGAAGGAGUUUCAUGGUUUGUUCCUGUGGAAAAUGUGAAGUCUGGUCCUAAGAAGGAAAAUCUGCUCAAACAUCGUGGCCCCGGUAUCUCCUGGUUUGCACCAAUAACCAACAUCAAACCCUGGAGGGAACCACUCCGGGAACAGAACUGGCAGGGUCAGCACACAGACAGCCAUGGGUCACUAGCAGGCCCAGGCAGAGGUCCUCUGAAGCCAUUUGUGAGAGCAACUCUACAGGAAUCACUUCAGCUUCACAGGCCUGACUUCAUCUCCCGCUCUGGGGAGCGAAUAAAACGCCUGAAGUUAAUAGUCCAGGAAAGGAAGCUGCAGAACAUGUUUCAGAGUGAGCGGGAGGCACUGUUCAACACUGUGAGAGAAUGGCAGGGCCACCGGGACCCCAUGCGCCCGCUCCCUAAGAGAGGUUUCCUGGCUGCCCAGAAGGGCAGGCCCAUUGGAAAGAAGGAAAUGAUUCAGAGGUCUAAACGGAUUUAUGAGCAGCUCCCAGAAGUACAGAAGAAGAGAGAAGAGGAAAAGAGGAGACUGGAACAUAAGUCAUACCGGUUGCGAGCCCAGCUGUAUAAAAAGAAAGUGACCAACCGACUCUUGGGAAGGAAAGUUCCCUGGGACUGACAUAAAAUUAUUUUCUUCAGAGCCUUGGAAUUUUAUUUUAUCAACCCGAAGAAGCACAUUCCUUAGUUUUUAUGAGCCUGGUGUAAUAAAACUAACUCCUUAUCCAUGUGUAAUUUAGAAGCAGUGACCUUUCAGUCUGCGGCAGAGUGGUGAUUAUUAAUGGUUGGGAGCAAUACUCUCUCUACAUAGGCCUUGUCCACGGGGAUGUUUGCUAUAACCAUAUUAUCUCUUAAUUUCAGCCAAGAAAUAAUCCCUUUUUGUAUGUGUUUUUAUACUUUUAGAAAAUAAAUACCUUCUUAUUGGCUCAUUGUAAA